AGGCUCAGCGGGCGGCGGGCGGCCAAUGGGCGCGCGGGCUGGGCGGCGGCCGGCCUAUAUAAGGCGCCGCCCCACGCCGCGCGCGCCAGCCUCACCUGGAAGCGGAGCGGGGUGGGACGGGACGGGCGGCGCAGCGCGGCACGGCACCGGCAAAAUGUGCGACAAGCCAGACCUCUCGGAGGUGGAGAAAUUCGACAAGAAGAAGCUGAAGAAAACCAACACGGAGGAGAAGAACACGCUGCCCUCCAAGGAGACUAUUGAGCAGGAGAAGGAAUGUGUGAAGUCCUCCUAGAGUGAGAUGGCCUGCAGGAAGAGUGACCACUUGAUUUUUUUGCUUUGAAUUAAAUCAUGUGUUUUUUUUUUUUUUAAAUUUACAUCAUGUACAUGUAUAGGAAACAGCUGCAUCACCUAACCCACUGUCCCACCUUGCUGGCAGCUUUGGCGGGUGGGGGGAAAAAAGUGUGGCCCUCUCAGUCCAUCAAUAGCCUGACCUAGCCCCAUCUCUGCUGCUCAGCCAACUCCUGUUGACAGCUCUGAUGUUGCUCUAAUGCAGUGGGGAGGUGAGCAAGGGCUAUGGAGGCUCCUGGGGACAGACCGCUUCUGCCUGGGGGAGUGGGGAUCCUUUCUGGCCUGGCCUGUGGCCUGGGUCUGUCUCGCAUAUUAUUCACUGACAGUGUUCUGUAGCCUCACUCACAGUUUUUUGUCUUCCUUGGGGGAAAAAUGAGAAGUUUAUUAUAAAAUAAAAAAUGUAAUGACCUA